AAGCAGGAAGUUGACGAUAACAUCAAUACAGCGAAUUCAAUCCUACAAGAUCCUCUUUUCCUCGCAGUGUUUUAACGCAUGAGAAGGUUUUCAUCUUGACUCAAAGACCCGACACUUACAACUUGAACGGUUCACUCUUUAGCUCUGCGAGAUCUUUCAAGAAAGCCCAAAAGUCGAUUAAAUACCCUGAAUACGCGCCGCACACAAUUCCCCGUACCGAAACUUUGAAAACAUACAUAUCUAUCUGAUUCCAACAUCGAUUGCUUCGCGCACAGCAGCGCACCCCACCACUGGUAACUUUGAUAUCGUGGUAUAUUCCAGAAGAUAUUCUCGAGAGACCUAUGUGCCAACGAAGAAGAAACCGAUCUCCAGCUUCGAAACCACCAGUUUAACCGGUCCUCGAUUUAUUCCAUCUCUUUCAACGGCCUGCGCUCACAAAGCUGAGCUGACGCCUCCGCUAGAUCUCUAUCUGCGGUGGUUUUAAUGGCAGAUGGUUACAGAUUUUCACAGCAGAGCGCUGGGAACUAUUAUUACCCUCAAACUACACACCAUCCAAGACAUUUGAUACGUACUGGGACACCUCCAAAUAACAUUCGGUCUGCCUUUAACACGAAUACUCCAUCCCCAAGUCGAACCCCCGAUCCUCAAUCUCCCGCUCACGGUCUUUACGGUAUGUUUAACCAUCAGCAAGGGCAGCAUGGCCGUGUCAAUGGCGCAGGACGAGGCGCUAUGGCAAGCAUGAUGCCAUAUCCUCACUUUCCUACACAUCAGUCUCAGCAUAAUCAACACCACGCCAAUAUUCAACAAGACCAUAAUGCACACAAUUCCAACGGGGUGAACCACCAUGCGAACUUCCCAUCUGUUGGCAUGCAGAAUUCGGCUUCCACUUUCACUCCCAACCUACAAAACGGACAUACGACAAACGCACAUAGUGCUCAGGCUCAGGUAAUGAACGAACACUGGCAGAAGCAAUUGGAUUUGUAUGCGGAAGGAAAGAAGGCAAAACAGAGUGGUGCGCAUUAUUUUGCUAGAUCCAAAGCAGGGGAAAAUACUGUUGACAAAGCCACAACGAUAUCAACCGAGGAAGAAUCAGAGAAUGCGAGUCGAAACAGGCCCUCGAACACGGAUACUAUUAAGCGUCAAGAUUGGCAUAAUAUGGAUAUGAGCGGACUUGGACUACGAGCAUUAUCAAUUGAAGUAUUCCACUAUACUUUCCUCCAAGAGUUAUACGUGGCAUCCAACGCCCUCACAUCUAUACCUUCAGCCAUUGGUCAAUUGCGACACCUCCGUCAUCUUGAUGCCUCAAACAACGCAUUGCAGACCCUACCCCCCGAAUUAGGCAUGUGUGUAUAUCUGAAAAAUUUACUACUGUUCGAUAAUCAACUUACGUCAUUACCACAAUCAUUUGGAUCACUCUAUCAACUCGAGAUGUUAGGCAUCGAAGGCAAUAAACAAAUGGAUCCUGCCAUUAGAAGUGAAAUCAUGGAGAAGGGAACUAAAGCUCUUAUUCAUACUCUUAAAGAAGAAGCUCCAGUACCUCCUCCUCCCGCCCCUAGAGAAAUGAUUGAUCUACUGAAUGGCACGACGGUUGCCCCUGACGUCGAGCGGUUCACUGUUUUCUCUUACAACAUUUUAUGUGAUAACUAUGUGGGACCCGGUCAAUACGGUUACGUUCCAUCUAAAGCAUUGGAUUGGGAGCAUCGAAGGCACGAGAUACUACGCGAAAUCGAAGAACGAGAUGCAGACUUUGUAUGUCUCCAAGAAGUUGAUGCUGAAAACUUUCGCGAAUUUUUCAGUGUGAAACUUGCAUACAAAGACUAUAAAGGUGUAUGGUGGCCAAAAUCACGAGCCAAGACUAUGUCAGAGUCGGCUGCAAAGGCUGUCGAUGGCUGCGCAACCUUCUAUAAGAACAACAAAUACAUUCUUCUCGAUAAGCAACUUAUCGAUUUUGCAAACAUCGCAAUUAACAGACCUGAUAUGAAAAAUCAACAUGACAUUUUCAAUCGUGUCAUGCCUAGGGAUCACAUUGCAGUGUUAGCUUUCUUCGAGAACCGCCUCACUGGAUCACGCGUUAUUGUUGCCAAUGCACACAUAUUCUGGGAUCCAGCGUAUGCUGAUGUCAAACUGAUCCAAAUCGCAAUUCUAAUGGAGAGCAUCAGCAAAUUUGCUGAGAAAUAUCAACGACACCCAGCAUGCAAAGAUAAAAAAGCGUAUACUAUUACGGACGAUUCAGACCCUGAUGCCCCUGUGGAAGUUGCUCCAGAACCUGCCCCGUCCAUGGAAUAUACGAAUAAGACCCAAAUACCGCUCAUUGUUUGUGGUGAUUUAAAUUCUACUUCAGACUCCAGUGUGUACGAAUUGUUAGCUACUGGAAGAGUUGCUCCAGAUCAUCCAGACCUUGGCAACUAUCAAUAUGGAAAUUUCACGAGAGAUGGAAUUGAACACCCUUUCUCCCUUCGAUCCGCCUAUACCAACUUAGCCGAUGGUCCACAAGAAUUAACAUGGACCAAUUACACACCCGGCUUCACUGAUCACAUUGAUCAUAUCUGGUACUCGACUAACGCACUCGAAAAUACUGAUUUGUUGGGACCUGUAGAUGAAGAGUACAUGAGAACAGUGCCCGGUUUACCACACUACCAUUUCCCUAGUGAUCAUCUAGCACUCUUAGCCCGAUUCAACGUCAAGAUGCCAAAAACCAAGAAACCCCAUCAAGAUCCACCUGAUUUCGGUCCGUCGAGUCACCAUGAUCGACGAAGAGAUUAGAACAUACAUGGAGCAAAAGCAUAGGCUCCAACUUCUAAGCUCGAUGGCUAGAAGGAUGGAUUUCAAUGAACGGAAAGGGGAGGAGUUUAUUUUUCUUUCUUGUGUUUAUUCCAUGGGCUUGGAAAUUGGUGGUUUGGCAGGCUACUGGCAGGCGUGGAGCGUUGUAUGCAUUUUCGAACCGACUUUUUUCACACUCUCUUUUGCGGUCUUCUUAUCGGGUUUUGUUUUCAUGUAAUGAUUAGGUUUCAGAGGUGGAUGGUGUGACCGUGUCAGGGAUGAGAUCUGACCGGGCAAAGCGUGGGAGACGGGAAGGGGUGAAUAUGGGUAUGCGAGGGUGAUUUGAGAUGAGAUGAGAUAUAUGCAAGCAAAACAAGAUACAUGUUAGUGUAUAGAACAACGUGAUAAACUUGUUUUGCCCUUUUUCAAAUU